AGGGUUCAAUUCUAAAUUUGCUUCAGAAUCUAUAAGAAGGUUUCUAAAGAGGGAGGAGAUCAAUGACUAUGAAAUGUAUUGGAAAAGUUAUAUUGGUGAUAAUGGAGUUGCUUAUCCCUAUUCUUGUUCAAGUUCAUGCUAAUGACCUUGCCUCUACCUCUUUUGGACCGUCUUCACUCCCCAUCCACGUUUCUGAUGUUUUUGAACUUGAUAAAGUUCAGGGGCCAAUGGAGGAAUGCCUUCGACCACAAAUCAAAUAUUGCAAAAGAGAAAGAUGGCUACAUGAAGACCAGGGGUUAUAUGAUAGGUGUAUUCACUAUAGCUUUCUAAACUGCCUGCACCAUAUCAGAGGAAAUGAAGACCCAACUAUGACUCCGUUCAUUAAAAUGUGCAUAGGUGAUUGCGCAAGGAAACAUGAAUUAAAUAUUCAUAUUCGGGCUUGUUUAUUAAAAUGCUAUGAAGAUUAUAUCCAAAAUCUCCCUAAGAUUUACAACGAGCAUAUCGAAUAUCCCGCAACAACUUACGGCAAGCCUAUCAAAAAUCCCUCAAAGAUUAGCCAAAAACUUACAAGGUGUAUUAAAAAAUUUCUAAAGCAUUUUAGAAAGAACUCAGAUGUCGUUUAUGUGCAGAAUCCAUCAGUUGCAACUUUAGAUUUGCUAGAUCAAUACUAAGCCCAACAUUCUCCAUGGAAGCCUUGAUGCAGAAAUUUAUGGAGUCUAGUUUACAUCACGAGUAGAUUUCAGUCCAACUACCAACAAUUGUCAACAAUAGUCAAAUUACCAUCAGCAAGUCAUCAAGCUCACGCCUGUCAGCAUGAUUGUCAUUGCUGCAUGAUAGCUAGAUCAAUACUAAACCCAACAUUUUUCAUGGAAGCCUUGAUUCAGAAAUUGAUGGAGUCUAGUUUUCAUCACCAAUAGAUUUCAGUACAACUACCAACAAUUGUCAACAAGAGUCAAAUUACCAUCAACAAGCCAUCAAGCUCACGCCUAUCAACAUGAUUGUCUCGCAUCAUGGAAGUUGGAAUUCUUUUGCUAUAAGUAAUGUGGUGAUAAUAGGAGUGUUCCAAUAUCAAGUGUUUUAGUUUAUUACAUGUUCCUUAGUGUGCUCCUAUUUUAAAUUCUAAGCUUUAUUUAUUUGCUAUGUUUGUGAUUGAUCAUGAAUCCUCUACUUGUGAUCAAGUUAGCUUGUGUUUAUGUUUAUCUAAUAAAGUUGGUAGGUCAAUAACAGGUGAUGUAAUGAUGUUAUUGAAGAUCAAUGAAGAGUUAUAUUUCUUUUCAA